AUUCCUCUGCAGCUCUCCAGUGGUAAUCCGUUAUAUGAAACAUAUUACAAGCAAGUGGAUCCAUCUCAUACUGGCAGGGUAGGACCAUCAGAAGCAGCACUCUUCCUCAAAAAGUCUGCACUUUCAGAUGUUAUCCUUGGAAAGAUUUGGGACCUAGCUGAUCCAGAGGGAAAGGGUUAUUUAGACAAACAGGAUUUUUUUUUUGCUUUGCGGUUAGUGGCCUGUGCGCAAAGUGGACAUGAAGUUAACCUGGCCAGCCUAAACAUACCAGUGCCACCUCCCAAAUUUAAUGAUACCAGCAGCCCCCUUUUGAUCACACCACCUCCUGUUGAAGGUCUUUGGUCUGUUCGGACAGAAGAGAAAGCUAAGUUUGAUGGAAUUUUUGAUAGCCUAUUACCAGUGAAUGGUUUACUAUCUGGAGACAAAGUGAAGCCGGUACUGAUUAACUCCAAGCUACCUCUGGACAUACUAGGACGGGUUUGGGAACUAAGUGACAUAGACAAGGAUGGACAUUUGGACAGGGAUGAGUUUGCAGUGGCAAUGCAUCUUGUAUACCGAGCGCUGGAGAAAGAACCUGUUCCAUCUGUCCUACCACAAUCCUUGAUACCCCCAUCCAAGAGGAAGAAAACACCCACAUUUCCAGGAGCUGUCCCUGUGCUUCCUGCUAGUCCCCCACCAAAGGACAGUUUGCGUUCAACUCCAUCUCAUGGCAGUAUGAGCAGUUUAAACAGUGCUGGGAGCUUGUCACCAAAACACUCCACAAAGUCUAACCAGCCUGCUUUGAAUUGGGUAGUACCUCUCACAGAAAAGAUGCGCUAUGAUGACAUAUUCAUUCAGACUGACUUGGACAUGGAUGGCUAUGUUAGCGGGCUGGAAGUAAAGGAUAUAUUCAUGCAGUCUGGACUCCCACAAAAUAUUUUGGCUCACAUAUGGGCUUUGGCUGACACAAGGCAGAUGGGGAAGUUAAACAAAGACCAAUUUGCACUGGCAAUGUACCUUAUACAGCAGAAAGUCAGCAAAGGAAUUGAUCCACCUCAAGUCUUGACUCCGGACAUGAUUCCGCCAGCAGAAAGGAGCACUCCCAUACAGGACAGCUCAAGCUCUGUUGGAUCUGGAGAAUUUACUGGGGUAAAGGAGCUAGAUGAAAUCAGUCAGGAGAUUGCUCAGCUACAGAGAGAAAAAUAUGCUCUUGAGCAGGACAUUCGAGAGAAGGAAGACGCCAUAAGGCACAAGACCACAGAGGUACAGGAGUUACAGAAUGAUCUAGACCGGGAAGCGUCAACAUUACAGGAACUGGAAGCACAAAAGCAAGAUGCACAAGAUCGGCUAGAUGAAAUGGACCAACAGAAAGCUAAAUUAAAAGACAUGCUGAGUGACGUCAGGCAGAAGUGCCAGGAGGAAGGGCAGAUGAUUUCUUCUCUAAAAGUACAGAUUCAGUCCCAGGAGUCGGAUGUGCAGGCACAAGAGGAGGAGCUUAAUAGAGCCAAAUCGGAACUUAACAGAUUACAGCAGGAAGAAACUCAACUGGAGCAGAGUAUCCAGGCUGGCAAAGUUCAACUGGAGACCAUUAUUAAGUCAUUAAAAUCCACACAAGAGGAAAUUAACCAGGCUCGAAGUAAAUUAUCACAGCUCCAGGAGAGUCAACAAGAAAUGAACAAAAGCAUUGAGCAAUAUAACAAUGCUCUCAAUGGAGAUCAUGGGGGCAGUCUGAAUAAUCUUGCAGAUGCCGAGACAUUUUCCUCAAGAGAGAGGCUGGACCUUUCCACAUCAGCGGAUGAUCCAUUUAAAAGUAAAUCCCACCUUUUCAACAGCAGCAACAACCAAGACCUCUACACUGACCCAUUCCAAACCGAAGAUCCCUUUACUUCAGACCCUUUUAAAGGGGCGGACCCUUUCAAGAGCAAUAAAAUAUCUUGA